AUGGGUUUCGAAAGUAAAAUUGUAAAUGCAAAAGGACUGGAAGAUGUGACGAAACAAAUUAAAAGUGUUGGCGGUUCAACUCCAUUGCAAGUUGUGGCUUAUGUGACAAAAGAUGCCAAACGUAUCGUCGAUGAAACAAUUAAACAAUUCGGAAAAUUUGAUGUGCUAUUGAAUAAUGCUGGCAAUUCGAAUCACGAUAAAAUUCAAGACCUAAAAAUGGAAGAUUUUGAUCGUGUAUUCAAUACAAAUGUCCGAUCUGUUGUCAUCCUGACCCAACUGUGUGUACCACAUCUUGAAGAAAACGAAGGGAAAUAUUGUGAAUAUUUCCAGCAUCGCCGGAUUGAAACCAAUUUCCACACUAACUGCAUACAUCCAGCGGUGAUUCGAACACCAAUCUUUGGUAAUGUUGGAAUGAACGAAGAAACAGCGAAUAAAUUGUUUGAACAAGUCAAAAAAGCCUAUCCAGUUGGACGAGUCGGUGAGGUGUCCAACACCAGUGAAGCUAUCGCAUUUUUAGCUGAUAACGAAGGGACAUCAUUCUUAACCGGCAUCUUCCUUUCCGUCGACGGUGGUAGCAUGGUUGCUGGAAGACGGCGAAUGCUUAAAAUAAUAAUGGUGAGCGCUUUCACUAUUCACUCUCUGUCUCUCCCUCCCUCUCUUCCUCACACAAUUCUCUAA